GUACCUAGAGGCAUAUCAACUUGACUCACCACAUCAAACCAAUGCUUGCACUUCACAUCCAAUUACCAAACAUCUUUCCUGUCACCAAUUGUCACUAGCACACAGAUCUUUUACUAUCUCCUUAUCAACUAUAUUUGAACCAAACUCUUACCAGAAAGCAGUAGCUCAUUCUCACUGAAAAGAAGCCAUGGACAUUGAAUUGAAAGCAUUGGAAGAUAAUGGAACAUGGAGCAUUGUACAACUACCUUCAAACUGUCAUGCAGUAGGGUGCAAAUGGGUGUACAAGGUGAAACUAAAUGCUGAUGGCAAAGUGGAAAGAUAUAAGGCACGAUUGGUUGCUAAAGGGUAUAACCAGAUUGAAGGGUUUGACUACCAGAAAACAUUUAGUCCUGUAGUCAGACAAACAACAGUGAGAAUGUUUUUUGCCUUAGCAGCAACACAGAAUUGGCGUUUGUCACAACUGGACAUUAAUAAUGCCUUCUUGAAUGGUGAAUUGACAGAAGAGGUUUACAUGGAAUUGCCACAGGGGUACACAAUCAAGGGGGAGUAUCCUACUAGUUCAAGGUUAGUCUGCAAGCUACACAAGUCACUUUAUGGACUCAAGCAAGCUUCAAGAGCUUGGAAUUCAAAACUCACUACAUCAGUUUUGAAGUAUGGCUUUAAACAGUCGAAUUCAGACUAUUCACUCUUCAUCAUGAAGACACACCGUGGAGAUUUCAUUGCUCUUUUAGUAUAUGUCGAUGAUAUAUUAAUUGCUAGUACUUCCAUUCAAGCAGAAAAUGAUGUCAAAGGUUACCUGAGUUCAGAGUUCAAGCUUAAAGACCUUAGGAAAGUCAAAUACUUCUUAAGAUUGGAAAUAGCUAGAUCACCAGAAGGCAUAUCAAUAUGCCAGAGGAAGUAUGCUCUAGAUCUCUUGGAAGAACACAGGUUGCUUGGAACAAAGCCUGCAAGUACACCAAUUGACUACAACCACAAAUUAGUCAAGAGCAGUGAUGAAGAUAAGCUUAUAAAUGCUACCAGCUAUAGACAGCUAAUUGGAAAGUUACUAUACCUGACUUUUAGCAUACCUGAUAUUACUUAUGCUGUACAGGUACUUUCACAAUUUAUGGACCAACCAGGACUUAAACAUCUUGCAGCAGCUCACAGAGUCCUAAGGUACAUCAAAAAGGCACCAGGUCAGGGAAUUCUAAUGAAAUCAAGGAAUAAUUUGAAGAUAUCUGGAUACUCAGAUAGUGAUUGGAUAGGUUGUCCAAAUACCAGAAGGUCAGUCACAGGGUACUGCAUCUUUGUUGGUGAUUCAUUGAUAAGCUGGAAAUCGAAAAAGCAAUCUAUUGUGGCCAGAAGUUCAGCUAAGGCCGAGUAUCGAUCUAUGGUUGCAGCCUAUUGUGAAAUCAUGUGGCUAAAAUCCUUGAUGACAGACUUUCACAUAGAUCAUCCUGAAGCAGUGAAUUUGUACACGGAUAGCCAAUAA